AUGAACUUCUGGAAGGUGGCAAUGGGAAUUUUUUUCCUAUCACAAAAUGUAAUUGGAAUUCUGGGAAACUUCUCUCUUCUCUCCUAUUAUCUAGUCCUUUACUACAGAAAAUGCAUGUUAAAGUCCACAGAUUUGAUUCUCAUGCACCUGCUGACAGUCAACUCCCUGAUCAUCCUCUCUAAAGGAGUGCAACACACAAUGGCAGCUUUUGGGUUGAAGCAAGGCUUCAGUGAUUUUUGGUGCAAUCUUUGUUUGUACAUUGAAAGAGUUUGCAGGAGCAUGUCUGUUGCCUCCACCUGUCUCUUUAGUGUCUUCCAGGCCAUCACCACCAGCCCCAGAGUUCUCUGUUGGAAGGAUCAUAAAGUCAGAGCUCCAAAGCACAUUGGCCUCUCCAUUUCCCUCUGCUGGGUCCUGUAUGUGGUGGUAAAUUUAAUUUUCCCUGUGUAUACAUACACCAAAAUGAAUUACAAAAACGUGACAAGAAAAAGAGAUUUUGGAUACUGCUGUAUUAUUAGUCAUAAUGAAAUCACUGUCUCACUCUAUAUAGCAUUAUUGGCAUUUCCUGAAGUUUUGUUUUCUGUGCUCAUGGUCUGGUGCAGCAGCUCCAUGGUUGUCAUUCUGUACAGGCACAAGCAGCGAGUUCAGCACAUCUGCAGGGCUCAUGAUUCCACCAGAACCUCCCCUGAGGCCAGAGCCACCCAGAGCAUCCUGGCCCUGGUGUCUACCUUUCUGGCUUUUUACAGCCUCUCCUCCAUCUUACAAGGUUCCAUUGCUCUUCUGUAUAAUCCUGAUUGGUGGCUGGUGAGCAUCACUAGCCUCGUUUCUCUAUGA